AAGCUAAGCCCGAAACAUGAACGAGCCUGUCGGCCAUUGGUGUCCACUCGCUUAACAGCAAUGGGCACUGGAGUUGACAAUGUUGACGAUGAGGAGAAGGUGGCCGAUCCUGAUGCCUGGCAUUCUUGGAAGCCGAGAGUCUUCAAGGAGGUCCAGAUGCAGUACCGGCACCUUCUGGUGGGACCGGACCCCGAGGAGGCGUGGCAGGCGGCUCGCCACAGCGCUGUGGAGAGGAGCUACUGCCGGAUGUGCAUCAAGAGGCCGAGACGGGCCGAGACCGAGACGCUGGGCUUCUUCUUGGGCGAAGAGGACGGCUUUCGCGAUGACGGCAUGGUCGAGCCCUUUCAACCGCCGCAGGAGGCGGACACACGGCCGGUGCCCCGCUGGCUUACGGAGGCAGCACUGCUGCUGAAGAACCCAGGGCGUUCUUCGUCCGCGGAGGUCUUGGUCGAAGGUGAGGUGAUGCAGGUGAGCCUGCUGUCCACGCAGCAAGGGCUUCUGCUGUUGCCGGAGGGGAUGAUGUUCAGGCGGCUCUCCGGCUCUGCUUUUGCGGUGCCGCCGGGGUCCUCAUGCUGCCGGGACUGCUGUCGGCUGCGGGCGGCCUGGCGCGUCUGGUUCGCUCGCAACAACGAGCUGGUCUUGAGCACUGGAAGUGUGACGAGGCCCGAGGAGGCGGUCGAGCUAGUGCUGGAUGAGGAUGAACUGAUCAUGGCCCUUGAGCUGGCCCUGAAGCACUUGGAGGCCGGUGCCUCCUGCUGCAUCCGCGUGUCCGAGCACUGGGGCGUGGGGCCUCUUUUGCCCAGUGGAAAUCCCUCACUCAGGGGUGCGGCAGUGUGGAUCUAUUUGGUGUUGCAUGAGGUGACCAAUGAGCCUCUGCCCUUGGAGCACCCCGACGACACAAGCCGCCUGGAUUUCGCCCGCAGGAAGAAGGAGCAGGGCAACCUGCACUUCGCGAAAGGGGAUGUGGCGAGCUUGGCGCGGGCCGUGCGCCGCUAUGCUUCUGGUGCGGCUGCGGCAGAGGCAGCUGAAGGGGAUGAGGCUGCACAGUUGCUGACGAUGAUGUGCUUGAAUGGUGCGCAGGCACAGUUGAGGAGGGGACGCUUCGAGGAGGCGAUCCAGCUUUGCGACCGUGUCCUGGGAACUGGCCCCAACAUCAAGGCCUUCUUCCGUCGUGCGGCCGCGCGUGAAGCGCUGGGUGAUUACCUCGGCGCAGAGGAGGAUCUGCGGACAGCAGCAAAGAGGUCGGAUGAUCCUGCUCUCCGACAGCAACUUGCCAAAGUGCAGGGGCUACGGCAGCAGCAGAAAGAGCAGCAGAGGCAAGCCUAUGGAGGAGUCUUCGAAAAGAUGAAGUUGCAGGAUGAGGAAAAAGAAAAGAAGGAAAAGGAAGCUUCAGAAAGGAGGGCCAAAGAAGCCCAGAAAGAAGCUGAGGAAAGGGCCAAAGAGGCCCAGCGCAUGCAAGCACAGGAGCAGGAGAGGACUCAAGAGGAGCAGGCCAAGGCCACAGUGGAAUCCUUGAUGAAGUCGGAGGAGCCAGCUGAAGAUUUCCGCAAUGUGCGCUUGUCGACUGGACCAGAGGAAAAGGGCGUGACUGCCCUAAUGCCGCCUCCGAACACGCACGUCACACCUCCCCCGCCGCCGGUGGAAGAUUACCAGGUGCCUUCGUUCUUGCUCCGAAAGCAGAAAAAACCGCUGACGCGGGAUUCCAAAUGAGCAGAAUCUGUAGAAAAGAGGCGAACCUUGCGGCUGUCCUAGACGAACAUCCAGCAUUAUCAAGCCGGAUCCUGGAUUGC